AGUCACCAUCCCUGGAGAUGUUUAAAAGACCAGUGGAAAAGGUGCUCAAAGAUGUGGUUUAGUAGUAGACAGGUAUGGUUGGACUCAAUGACCUCAAAGGUCUUUUCUAACCAGAAGAUUCUAUGAUUACCCACCUAUCUGAGCAUCUCAUCUGGGCCGAUCCCCCUGGGACUUCCAGCUCCACCUCCAGAAGGUGUAAAGCUCUGUGGGAAUGCCAGCACACGAGCAACUGAUCUCUGUGUAUUGAGGAUUGCUGUUACAGGAUUGUAGAGUUGUUUAGGUUGGAAAAGAUAAUUGAGUCCAAGGCACCACUAAACCAUGUCCCGAAGUGCCACAUCUGAGCACCUCCAGGGAUGGUGACUCCACCACUUCCCUGGGCAGCUGUUCCAGUGCCCAAUAACCCUUUCAGGGAACACCUUAUUCCUAAUUUUCAAUCUAAACCUCCCCUGGUGCCACCUGGGGCCACUUCCUCUCAUCCUAUCACUUCUUACAUGGCAGAAGAGACCAGCGCCCACCUCACCACAACCUCCUCUCAGGUUGUAAAGGCCCAUUGAAAGGAGCCAGAGGACCUCACAGCCAUAACUUAGGAGGAGGUGAGCACUGAAAUGCCGCCAGCCCUGGAAGCAGCUUGGGAAGAAGGAGAGCUGUGGCUCUGGCCAUCAGAUUUAAGCUAACGUGCAGCAGGCUCCAGGUUCUUUGGAUGUUUGGAAAAUAGAUUUCUUUCCCCCCAAAGAUUUCUAGAAAAUUAGUCUCAAGUUUUACUAGUGGUGCUGGAAUUGCACAGAGGCUUUUAGAGGCAGGAUCCAAAGGGAUGUGUCUGUCCGUGGAGGUGUGGUGUGAGCUGUGCAUCACACUCCAACUCCUACUCGGGAGUGAGGAAGCCCUGGAAGUUGGUGUGAAUGAUCUUCUCUUGUGACUACACCAGGGCUUGACCCCUUCCCUCAACUGCAGACUCAUCUCCCGUGAUCCUGUGACAAAGGUGGUGCUGCUGGAGCGCAAGUGGGAAGGUGAUGUCAUGGGAAGGGGAAAAUCCAGAGGUCGCAGAGAGUGGAGGAGCGUGGGCGCUGCCGUGGGCAGUGAUGGGUGCUGUGUUUCCUUGUGAGUCAGCCCGAUGGGGUUGAUGUUUCACCGGGAGCACCGAGAUGUGGAGACCGAUCGGGAGCUGAUUCCAUCAAGGGAUCUGCAUCCCUGUGGUGGGACCGCUGUUGGGUGUCUCUGCAGAGAUGUUACCUACUGCUGCCCUGCCUCUUUCAAAAAGGCCCCUGGGGUGCUUGGAAGGGGUUUAUCCUGAAUCCUCCCAUGCUGAUUUAAUAGUUGGAAAUCAUAGAAUCACCAGGUUGGAAAAGACCUCUUGGAUCAAGUCCAACCAUUCCUAUCUGCCACUAAACCAUGUCCCUGAGCACCUCGUCUACCCUUCUUCUAAAUACCUCCAGGGAUGAUGACUCCAUCCCCUCCCUGGACUGCUGUUCCAGUGUCUGGUGACCCUUCGUGUGAAAUAUCUUUUCCUGAUAUCCAGUCUGACCCUCCCCUGCGCAGCUUGAGGCCAUUCCCCCUUGUCCUGUCCCCUGUCACUUGGGAGAAGAGCCCAGCUCCCUCCUCUCCACAACCUCUUCUCAGGUAGUUGUAGAGAGCAAUAAGGUCUCCCCCUCGGCCUUCUCUUCUCCAGGCUAAACAACCCCAAGAGAUGUUGCAAACGUCCCAAGAGAAGUUGCAACGCAUCCCUUAGCUCUGGCAACCUACAGAGAGCUGGUGAGAGGUGCGGGAAGGCUGCCCGAGCGUGGAGGAGCUGCAGGUGCCCCUGGCUUUGCAGCCGCGCCAGUGGAGGUUAAUGAUUCAGAGAUCCUGGUGUAAAUCAUUGCCAGCGCAGCGUAGGGCUGCAGCGUAACGUCCCUGCCACAAACCCAUCACAAUGGUUUGCAAGUGAAAUCUGGGCUGGCUGAUAUCUAUUUGCAAAAUGCCUUGGCGAAUAACAUGGAGAUGGGAGUUCAUUUGUGUAAAUAAGAGCUCGCUGCCUGUCUGGAGAGGGGUCCGCAUGCAUGCUAGCAGGACUGCAGCCCCUCAACCCCAAGCGAUGCUGUAAGCUACGGGCAGCCUGGCCAGCCAGCAGCAGCAGCAAUGGCCCAUUCUCGGACCAACGGCUCGCACUACGCCCUGACAGCGAUAGGGCUUGGGAUGCUCGUCCUUGGCAUCAUCAUGGCUGUCUGGAAUCUCGUCCCUGGCUUUGGACCCACCGACAAACCCAGCACCCACGCUGGGAACAGCAGCAAGCCCGACCGUGGCACCGGAGGUAUUAUGAAAAGCAAGACCUUCUCGGUGUCAUAUGUGUUAGUGGGAGCGGGUGUGCUGCUGCUGCUGCUCUCCAUCUGCUUGAAUAUCCGGGACAAGAAGAGGCAAAGUGAAGAUAUUGUUCACGUGCAUCACCAGGCACCCGCAGAGCCCUCACAACAGGAGGACAGUCAAGAAGAGGACGAAGAUGUGUCUUCCCAGUACUACGUCCCCAGCUACGAGGAGGUGAUGAACACUGGCUACUCUGAGCCCAGAGACUCAGACAGGAGCAACAGGAUCAGUGUCUCCCUGCCCUCCUACGAGUCGUUGACAGGGCUCGAUGAAAGCACCCAGGUGCCAGGAGCUGCCAGUGUAGAGCCCGGCUCGGAGCGGGAGCCCGGUCGGCAGAACUCGCGGCUGAGCAAGCACUUGAAGCCACUGAAGGUGCGGAGGAUCAAGUCCGAGAAGCUGCACUUGAAGGACAUUAGGCUAAACCUCGCGCAGGGGAAUAGCACUGUUCCUAUCACGAUAGAGCCGCUGACCCCUCCACCCAAGUACGAGGAGAUCCAGGAGAAAGUACAAGAGAGCCAGCAAAUUACUUAAAAAAUGAGGAAUCUGUGAUGCUGCUGGGUUUGGGGUUUUUUUGUUCUUUUUUGUUAAAAAACAAAAACCACGUGAAGAAGAGCUUGGUCAGUGGGCACAGAAGGGUCAGGGCUCCCUGGGAGCUGCGAUGUGGAGGACGCGAUGGAUGCUUAGUGCUGCGGCACAGGGACAGGACAAGCUUUCCCCGGGAUGAGGCUUUACAAAAGACCAUGGGGAAGGAACCUGAAUGCCAGUAGUUUUGCUGCUCUGAAGUAAAUGAAGGCUUGAAGUACUGAAAGUGUGAUUUAUGGUCUUUUACGUAAGAACCACCCAAUGCAUCUUUUGCCCCCCUCUGCCCCUUGCACCAGCAAGGCUCUUCCAAGCCACCAAAUUGAUAUGGAAUAGGGAUUUUCCAAGUGGAAAAGGGCAGCACUCCUUUUCCUUUGUGCCUUUUCUUUCUGAGUAAGGGAAACUGCAUUGCCAGAGUAGCUCUGCAGUUUUUUCCUGCUCCUCUCUGGGGCUGGGAUGGUGGCCCAGAGCCAGCCCGGACUCCUGCCAAGCUCUCUGCUUGCUGGUGGGAAGUGGAAACAGGCUCUGUGCUCCUCAGGAAGAGGAUGGAUUCCUUGCUUCGGUUAUUUUCUCUGUGGUUUAUGCUCUAGUGUGAAGGAAUAGUCUGUUUGGGGCCAGGGGGUAAAUCCAGGGAGUCAGCAGUGGUGCACUCUGCUCCCAGGAGGUGUGCAGGGUGACACGGCUGCAGAGCGUGCUGUGCGAGCAGACCUGUUCCAAAUAAACGUUUUGUACAUUGUGUUUGUGUGUGUGUGUGUGCACUCGUGCGCAGGUGGCCCUUCCCAAGAUUUGCAAGCUGGAACGGUCUGAAAUCAGUCGGCUGUUUUAGGGCAGAUGCUGCUCCACGGGCAUCCCAGCCAUGCGCCGCCUCCUGGGCUUCCAGCAAAGAGAUUGAUGACAACGUUGAUUGCAUAUACAACCCCUCAUAGGGUCUUGGUUUUGAUGGUGUGGGGAGAGAGCAGAAUCUGCCAUGAAUUUGUAGCAGAUACCGGUGUGGCCAAUCUGCCCUCUGCCUCUGGGCUGCUGGUAUGGAUGCCUCUGUGUUGGUAUGACGUGAAUAUUGAUGUAGUUAUGGACCGUUCAGCAGAGGUUGACUUGGCAGUGUGGUUGAUAGAAGACAUGAGAAGCAGGCAAGUGACCAAAACAAAGAGAAAGAAGAAUCAUAGAAUAGUUUGGGUUGGGAGGGACCUCAAAGCCCAUCCAGUUCCACUCCCUGCCAUGGGCAGGGACACCUUCCACUGGAUCAGGGGCUCCAAACCCCAUCCGACCUGCCCUUGAACACCUCCAGGGAUAGGGCAGCCACCGCUGCUCUGGGCAACUUGUUCCCAUGUCUCACCACAUAAGAAAUGUUGGUCCAAAUCCAUAUCACAAUUUCUCGUUAGCUAUUAUUUCAUGUUGCGUCUCGUAAUUUCUGUUGUUGCAUCACAAGAAUUUCAGUUUGUGCCCCAAGUUAUAGGGCAAAAUAACAUCAUUGCGUAAAGGUCUCCCUUACUGAAG